UUGUAGGCAUUUUUUUUUUUCAUUUAUUUGCGUAAAAAUUUCAUUUUACGAGAUAAACAAAUGAUUGCAAAAUAUAGAAUUAUAUAAGAAGUAAAUAUUUCUCAAUAUAAUAAAUAUGUUUCAAUAUUCACUAAAAGCGCCUUUAGUUAUUAGUAUUGUAUCAUGCGUAUGUCAUUCGCAUUAACUGCCUUUACUGAUACUCUGUGAUGGCUAGGACAUUGCAUUGUGUGUAGGUUAUGCCAUAUUAGUCAAACUUGUCAUAGUAAUUCGUGUUGUCAAAAUUGACACAUUAAAGAUUGUUAAAGAUCUUGUGAAUUCUAUCAUCGUACAUUUCAGAUAAAUAAUGGGACAAUCUCAAGAUUGUAUCGUAACUCUUCGGGAGCCUUACGACGAAACUGGUGAUAAUGGAUUUAUUCUUGGUAAUAAGUAUAUUCCAGAAGAAUUACUGGCAGAAUUUCUCUGUCACGUUGACAACAAAACUCUAUUAAAUUGUCAGCUGGUCUGUAAACGUUGGAAAAUAUUAAUACAUAGCUAUGUAUGGCGUAAAAAAGCUGAGAUGACAUUAAAUCGUCCACAUACAUUAGACACAGAUAUGCCUUGGAAAGCAUAUUAUAUGAUAGCCAAGAAGAGACCAUUUGAAAAAAAUUUAAUAAAAAAUCAUUCAGGAGAAUACGGCGUACAAAAAUAUUGGAAAAUCUUUACAGACGGUGGUGAUCAUUGGAAGGUUGAAAAUCCACCUUGUGGAGUUCCACCUAUACCUAAAAAUGUUUCUGUUUUUGAAAAAAAAGAAUAUUGCUUUGUAACGUCUUAUAAUAAUUGUUCCAAAAUGCAAUUAAUAGAUUUAGAAGCAGAGGGAUUAUUGUCAUAUGUAUUGGACGUUUUACAGCCAACUAUAGUGGUAAGUGAAUGGUAUAGUUGUAGAUGGGAUUGUCCUGCUCAUUACGAAUGUACAAUAGAAUUAUUAAGGAGCGAUAAUAAAGUUAUGAAAACAUUCCAAUUUCAUGAUGAUAUUGAAGGAGAUAAACAAAAUCAAUGGUUAAAUGUUAGUCAUGAAUUUAAAGACUACGGGCUUGGUCUUAAAAAAAUUAGUUUCUAUCAUGGAGGAAUGGAUAAGUCCUUUUGGGCAGGGCAUUAUGGUAGUAAAAUGGCUGGUGCUUGUGUUAUUGUUAAAAUACCUGAAAAUGAUGAGCAUCGGUGUGAGGAAGACACAGAUACAAAUACAGAUACAGAUACGGAUACAGAUACAGAUACAUAUAAAAGCUCUAAUACGGAUUAAUAAAGAAACUAAAUCUCUAUUCUAUAUAACAACAUAUAAAGUAUUUUUUCGAUGUGAGAUAGGAAGUAUUAUGGACCUACAUUAAUAUUAUUAUUAUUAUUAUGUCUAAUUUUAAAUGGAGCAGUAUAUGUAUUUUUAUUUCUAUUUGAUUCUGUUGUUUUUUUUUUCUUUUUUUUUUUUUUUAACAAUUUCCCUUAGUUAACAAUUUGUAACUAAUAGUAAGAACGCAAAUGUUCAUCCCUCAUUUAAGUUAUAUAAAAAAAAAAAAAAAAAUAACUUUUCUACAUAAUAUCUUAACAAGAAGUCAAAUGAAUUUAUCUUGUUUUUUUUUACUUUUUUUUUAUUUUUUAUUUUUUUACUAUAGUAAAAAAUACAUUAUAAACCAUUAUAAUAUCGCAUAGAAAGUAAUAACCACUAUAAAGCGGCUGAAAUAACUUAUUAAAUGUAUUUAAAUUUUAUUGGAGCAUUUAAAAAAUUUGUGAAUAUAAGUAGUAGAAUAAUGUAUAGACAAAAAAAUUAAUGUUAACUUAUGCAGUUGUAUGAAAACGCGUAAAGUUUACUGUCCUUAUUCACGCACCUCAUUUUUAUAGAUAAUAUAAUAAAGAACAUGUUUUCUAAUAUUUUGUAUAUAUGUACAAAGUCAAUAGUUUGUAUAUAUAUACAAAGAUGUGAAUAAAAAGAUGUGUUUUGUAUAUUUUAUAUACACUUACAUUUGUGUCCAUUCUGUAAUUUACAAUAUUUAUUCCACUGCCUUUUUAUUGCAAACGAAUAUUUUAUAUGUGCAAUAUUUUAUAUUGCUGUAUUAAACAUGUUCAUAAAAGUAAAAACAAAAAAAAAAAAGUAAUGUAAAUUAAUAUUUAUAGAACAACAUAUGUUGUUAUAAAAAGAAAAAUAUAAUACAUUUAUUAUUAAACUUACUUUAAUCUAAAGCUAUAAUUAAUUUAAUCUAAAUGCUAUUUCAACUAAAUUCUGUGGAGCAGAAUCCUGAUAACAUACGUACAACUCUUUUGGAUGUGGAGUUGUAUAUAAUCGUCCUAUUACCCAAUAUGUUGUGUUAUCCCAUUCAAAAAGAAUACCAUGUUCUUUAAUAGCAAUUAAACUUUUGUUGAUUACAGUUUUAUCCAUAUCUUGAUUUAACAUUGUUUUAAAACGUAUUGUGUUAUGUAAUAAUCGAUGUAUCAUAUGCACACAUUUGUUAAAAUUUAUUAGAAUUUUGUUGUCUUUUGAUGACGUUUCAAUUGGAUGAGAGGACAACAAAAUACCCUCAGUCAAAUCCAAAUGUACAUAAUGAUAUAAAUAAUUUUUUUCACCUGCAGUCAAUUUGUUUGGUAAUAAAUACUCCACUUGAUUUAACAAAUUAUCCCGUAUAUUGGAUAUAUCACUAUUCAUUACCUGACUAUCAUUCUGAAAAAAAAAAAAGAAAUAAUUUUCUUAUUUAUGUAUAUUUUGUUCUUUUUCGUAGAAAAUCAUUUACAAAAAAAAAAAAAAAGAAAAAAGAAAAAUACAUCCUUGAUUAAUUUAAGGAAAUAAUAUAUUUACCCUGUAAAUAUCUAUAUCUGAAUCACUAUCAUCAGAAUAUUUUGAUCCACUACUAAUUUUUUCUCUAGUUGCCCGUCUUCCUAAUAUUGGCAUUGCCUCGUCGCUAACUUCACUUAUUGCACCAGUUCCUUGACUUAAUGAAUCUUCUGACGUUUGCAGAGAAUAUACUAGAAUAUAAUAAUAGUAUAUUCAUUUGUUAUAAAAAAAAAAAAAAAAAAAAAAACUAAAUAAAUAAAUAA